UAGGGAAGAACGGUUCAUUCUCUUUUCUCACGAAGUACGAUCGACCCCUGAAAGGAGCAAAACCACCAAAAAGUAGCACACAAAAUACGAUCGUUACUAGCGAUAAUCGAAUCCAUAAACCAAAAGCACAGAACCUUAAUUGAAGUUCCCGUUCAACUAUAACAGCUUGAUUUGCAGAGAAAGUAUUAGAGCUCUUACAUCAAACAUCGUCUUCCAAGAUGCACAAGUUGGGUAGAGGCCACCGUGACAAAGUCCAGCAGUUUAUGACCAUAACUGGAGCAAGUGACAAGGUUGCCCUUCAAGUUCUGAAGGCAAAUGAUUGGCAUCUUGAAGGAGCAUUUGAUGUGUUCUACAGCCGACCACAAAUCCAAACGGUCACGGACACUAAACAUUUGGACAAACUUUACAAUAGAUAUAAAGACCCUUAUGUUGAUAUGAUACUCGCAGAUGGUGUAAGUCUCCUUUGCAGUGAUCUCCAGGUGGAUCCUCAAGAUAUAGUUACGUUGGUUGUCUCAUGGCAUAUGAAGGCUGCAACGAUGUGUGAAUUUUCCAAGCAGGAGUUCAUUGGUGGAUUACAAGCACUAGGGAUAGAUUCUUUGGACAAGUUCCGCGAAAUAAUACCAUUCAUGCGCUCCGAGUUAAAAGAUGAACAAAAGUUCCGUGAAAUUUAUAAUUUUGCUUUUGGCUGGGCAAAGGAAAAGGGUCAGAAAUCAUUGGCAUUAGAUACAGCAAUUGGAAUGUGGCAGUUACUGUUUGCCGAAAAGAAGUGGCCAUUGGUUGAUCACUGGUGUCAGUUCUUACAGGUGAAGUAUAACAAAGCAAUCUCUAGAGACACAUGGUGUCAACUACUGGAAUUUGCAAGGACUGUAAAUCCUUCGCUAUCAAAUUAUGAUGCUGAAGGUGCCUGGCCUUAUCUCAUCGAUGAAUUUGUCGAGUUCUUGACUGAGAACAGCAUUGUGCAGAAGGGUGAGUGUAACGAUUGGAGCCAAAAUCAAUGAUGAGCUGCUGCUGGUGUUUGUUGAUGUUGGGAAUACUCUUAGUUUGGAUUUAGUUGUUCAAUUUAUUAUCUUCAGAAACAAGACAAGACGGGCGAAAAAAGAAGGAAAGAGAGAAAAUACUCCCUAUUGGAAAACACAUUUGUGGACCAAAAAUUAGUUCACUGCAUUUUUAUGUAGCUGGAUAUGAUAUCUACAGCAUUGUGAAUUUAUUGGGCAGGACAGUUUCUGGAUUUUGCUGUGGAACUUUUUUUUUCAGUUUAUUAGUGUUACCUCUAA